CCGCUUAUGGAGACGGACUCGGAACCAACGCGCGGUGUCCGUUGGAGGGAGAUUUGACUGUGAGGCGCAUGAAGACCCGACGACUUUAGCGGUUGAUUCAUUGCUUCUUCCGACAUUAUGGAAGCAGACAGCGACAUAAAAACGACCCCGAGAGGGUUCCAGUGCGGCCUGUGCAACGUCAACCUGCCGAACCAGUCGAGCGUGGAUCAGCAUGUCAAGGGACGCAAACACCAGACGCUGCGCACCGUGCGAUCCACCCGGAAGACGCAGGAGCGGCACAGCGUGUUCGUCAGCGGCAUCACGCCCCUCGUCUCCCAGAGCGACGUCACCGAGUACUUCACGCAGUUUGGGCCCGUCUCAGACGUCGUCAUGGACAAAGACAAGGGUGUGUACGCCAUCGUGCAGUUUGCCGAGACGGAGAGCUUGCAGGCCACGCUGUCCCGCGUGGAGCAUCAGAUGGGAGGCCUGAAGCUACGCGUCAAACCCCGAGAAAAGAAGGAUUUCAAGUUGAUCCCCAAGAAGAACGCGUCUCAGAACCUGCAGCAAGCUCUGGAGCGCCUCAAACCGCCGCUGUGCCAGCUGGUGUCUCUGUCGUCCUUGGUUCUGCUCCAGGUGAAUGCACAGGUGCAGUACGUGGUGGAGCGGUUCCAGCUGGGAGAAAACGAAAAGAAGGCCCGAGGCCUGCUGGUUCAACUCCUGCAGGAGGUUUUUGUGGAGUUCUUUCCAGACAGCCAGAUUCAGCCGUUCGGUUCGUCUGUGAACACGUUCGGCGUGCACUCCUGCGACUUGGACCUCUUCCUGGACCUGGACAACACCAAGGUGUUCCAGGCCCAAGCCAAGUCCACUGCAGAACAGGCAGGGGAGGGCACGUCGGACGAUGGCCGCUCCGAGGACUCCAUCCUGUCGGACAUCGACCUGACCUCCGCCUCCGCGGCCGAGGUCCUGGACCUCGUGGCGGCGAUCCUUCGACGCUGUGUCCCCAGCGCGCACAAAGUCACCGUGGUCGGCGGCGCUCGCCUCCCCGUGGUCAAGUUCCAUCACCACCAGCUCAACCUGCAGGGGGACAUCACCAUUAACAACAGACUGGCUGUCAGAAACACGCGCUUCCUGCAGCUGUGUUCGGGGAUGGACGAGAGGCUGAGACCCCUCGUGUUCACCAUCCGCCACUGGGCCAAGCAGAAGCAGCUGGCUGGAAAUCCCAGCGGCGCCGGCCCCCUGCUCAACAACUACGCCCUGACGCUGCUGGUCGUCUUCUUCCUGCAGCGCUGUGAGCCCCCGGUGCUCCCCACGGUGGACCGGCUCAGAGACAUGGCCUGUGAGGAGGAGGAGUGUGUGAUCGACGGCUGGAACUGCACCUUCCCGAGUCAGCCGAUCGCCGUGCCGCCCAGCAGGAACACGCAGGACCUCAGCACGCUGCUCUUCGGCUUCUUCACCUUCUACGCAAAGUUCGAUUUCGCCGGUAGUGUCAUAUCCCUCCGGCAGGGGCGCGCCCUCCCCAUCACCGACUUCCUCAGCCAGGAACAACCGGAGGGGGAAAAACCCACCAAGCUCCACGGGCCCAAACUGGGCCCCCUAAGUCUGUUGGACCCGUUCGAUCUCUCCCACAACGUGGCGGGGAACCUGAACGAGCGCUCGCAGCGCGGCUUCCAGCGGGAGUGCCAGGAGGCCGACAAGUACUGCCGCAGCCUGCAGUACCAGCGCAAGUCCACCAAGGGGAAAUCGUGGGGGCUGGUGCGCUUGUUCACCCCCCGCGGGGACGUCCCGCAGUCCCCGGCGGAGCAGCUGACCAUCAGCAUCCCCUUCAAGCCGGCGUCGCUCCCCGAGGCGCUGCGGGAUCGGCUGCGCGCGGCGGGAGGCGGCUUCCGGCUGCCGUGGUUUCGGGAGGUCUGCUGCGCCGUGGAGGGCGUCCUCAAGGGGGUCCUCGGGUGUCACCUCGCUCCCUCCGCGGACGCCGCCUGGGGCGCGGAGUCUUUCGUCGACGCGGAAACCUCCCCCGGGUCACUCAACGCGUCGAUGAACGACAGCUGCGACAGCGUCGGAUCCCAGGGCGAGGGCGCCGGGGCGGCCGUGGCCGGCGCCAAGAGGCCGCUGUCGUCCAGCAGCGACGCCGGCGAGUCGCCUGAAGGCAAAAAGCCCCGGCUGUCAAAACGCCGCAAGCCAGAACCGCCUCACUGGAUCUGCGUGCAGAAGCACGCGGUGUGGGCCGGCCGGCGGAGGGUGAGGAGGGAGCUGGUCAAGGACUCGGACUCGAGGCCGGAGGGCAGCUGCGUGGCGCUGGAGACGAAGGUCACCGCUCGCAUCGCGGAGAAGGAGCCGGAGCUCGGGGGGCCGCUGGAGGUCAAGGUUCAGCCCCAGGUGAUUGGGGGCACGGAGAGCACGAAGGCGGUGCUCACGUUGGAGCCCAUCAGCGACGAGGCGGGCGUCUUCCACGACUUCUUUCAUUUCCUGGAAGCUUUCUUGCCCAAGAUGGUGGAGACGUUUCUGGAGAAAGACGCUUCAGAUCUGUGAACGUUGGGUUUCUUUGCAACGGCGACUUGUAUCGACCGUUUAAAGUGGCACAGGAACGAGCAUUAAUGUGGCUUUAUGUUGAUUACGUUUGUGGGCUUUGACAGAAUCUGACCGUUGUAACGUUUACGUGAAUACUUUUAAUAUUUUAGUUUCAGAAUGUUAUUAAUAAGCCCUGUUGUUGUGUUUGAUGUGGCUCAGUUUUACUACUAAACCGUAACAUAAUGUUCUUAAAUGAUGCAACUUUAAAUGGCGUCUGAUGCACACGGCGAAUUAAAAGAACGUCUUCAGAGCUCCGGCUCGUUCUCUA